AUGCCUAAUCGUACAUUUUUAUCGAAGGAAGAAUCAGUUGCCCAUGGACAUAAGCCUUCCAAAAACCGAUUGACAUUACUUCUUGGUGGAAACUUAGCUGGUGAUUUCAAAUUGAAGCCAUUGUUAGUUUACCAAGCAGAAAAUCCCAGAGCAUUGAAAGGGAAAGAUAAAGAAUUGCUUCCGGUCAUUUGGAAAUCAAAUAAAAAUACCUGGGUUACUGCGUUAAUAUUUAAAGAUUGGUUCACUCAUCAUUUCGUGUCGACAGUUAAACAAUAUUGUAAAAAUAAUAAUUUACAAUUUAAAGCAUUAUUAAUCUUAGACAAUGUUCCAGGAUACCCAAAAUCUCUGCAGAAUUUAUACCCGGAAAUCAAUGUUGUGUUUCUUCCUCCCAAUACUACCUGCCUCAUACAGCCCAUGGACCAAACAGUGAUAGCUACGUUUAAACGAUAUUAUAUGAGGACAAUAAUGACUAAGACCAUCAAGGCAAUUGACAGGCAAGAUGGAUCAACAUUAAUAGAUUUUUCGAAGAAUUAUAAUAUAUGGAACGCAAUAAAUAAUAUUGAAGACUCGUGGGCUGAAAUAAAAGAGUCGACAAUGAAAGGUUCCUGGAAACAAUUAUGCCCAGAAAUGAUGAGCGAUUUUAUAAAUUUUGAAGAAACACCGGAAACUCUCACGGAUGAAAUAGUUAGCGUAACGAAUGAACUAAACUUGGAUGUCAACAAAGAAGAUGUUAAUGAGUUGAUUGAAUCUCACUCAGCACCGCUGUCAAAUGAAUACUUAAUUGAGCAACAAUUGAGUAACAGUGAAAUGCACAAUGAAAGUGAGGAAGAGGAAGCUGAUAAAAACGUCAAGACUUUGACAAUUAAAAAUAUGAAUGAAGCCUUCACGCAUGUUGACAAAUUUUUCACUAUCAUGGAAGAAUGUGAUCCUAAUGGAGAACGUACAUCUCAAAGUAUAAGAGGUGGUAACAGAGAACCUUUUGAAUUUUCUGCCAAUGCUGGACAUCAAUUCAUCAUACCAAGAUCAUCCAGACAUAAGUCUUUAUUUUAUACGGAAAAAUAUUUAGAUAACGAUCUGUUCAACAUAGUUGAACAGACAAAUUUAUGCGCUCAACAAUUCUUACAAAGCCACCCUAAUUUGAAACCGCAAUCAAGAAUGAAAAAAUGGAACCCCAUAAAUCAUAAUGAAAUAAGAUGUUUUAUUGCAUUAUUAAUUUUAUAA